CAUGUAUGGCUGUGUGUGUGCGUUCCAGAGCAAACACCCAAAAAAGAAAAGCGAUAGUAAGGGAAAAAAGUUAAAAUCAUAAAUUUUCCAAUCGCGGUGCAUAUUUAGCGAUUUUUUCGCCGAUAAAUUACUCGCUUCGAACGUGUUUGUUUCGGUAAAUACCGGUGCAAUCGAAGAGUACACAAAGGAUACCGCCCGUAAGUUGAAAAGUUCAACGAUUCGCGUGCAAAUUUCCAGCGAAGAAGAAAGAAGCAAAACUUGCCCGUACAAGCGAACAAGGGGCUGUCAGAGCGGAACCAUCAUUCGUCGGAAGGAUCCGAUUUAUAUUUUUAUAUUUUCGAAAGAAGCAAUACUGCUUCGUAGGUUCCAGGAGCCGCGCGACACACGACAAUGGCCAAAAAGACGUACGAUUUGCUGUUCAAGCUGUUGCUGAUUGGCGAUUCGGGCGUAGGAAAAACCUGCAUUCUUUUCAGAUUCUCGGACGAUGCGUUCACGUCCACCUUCAUCUCGACGAUCGGUAUCGAUUUCAAAAUCAAAACCAUCGAGCUGCGCGGCAAGAAGAUCAAACUGCAAAUCUGGGACACUGCCGGUCAGGAACGGUUCCACACUAUUACCACCUCGUACUACCGGGGUGCGAUGGGUAUCAUGCUGGUGUACGACAUCACCAAUGACAAAAGCUUCGACAACAUAGUCAAGUGGUUGCGGAAUAUAGACGAGCACGCCAACGAGGAUGUGGAAAAGAUGAUUCUGGGCAACAAGUGCGAUAUGGUAGAUAAACGUGUCGUCGGAAAGGAACGAGGAGAAAGUAUCGCCUGCGAGCAUGGUAUUCGCUUCAUGGAAACUUCAGCCAAAGCCAACGUCAAUAUUGAAAAGGCGUUCCGCGAGCUAGCCGAAGCCAUACUGGACAAGACGGCCGGCAAGGAAGCGACAGACAAUCCGGACCGGGUGGUGGUGAACCGUGGGACCGGUGAGAAACCACCUGCCUACAAGGCGUGCUGUGCGUAGGUGGUGUGCGAGAGUUAAGAGAGUGGAUGCUCCCCCUGCUGCUUACCGCUGGAUGCAUAGCGCGCGUCAUUUCAUGUGUUUGGGUCGGACGCUCACAUCUUCGAGAACACAUCUUUUUCUGGGAUACCCUAAGCUAAUUUAUGUAACCACAAACUUUCCGUUUUCGUGCAUUUGUAUCAGAUACUGUCAGUUGUGAGGAAUGUAACUGUAAAACUGAUGAAUACUUAAUAUAUCGCAUAAGCAGAUCUACGGUAACGUGACAUGUUCAUACCAAAAUUACAAAACAAUUAUUUCACACACUUACCCGCAAUCCAACGCACACAUUCAAACAAAACCCCGCUUUUCGGUGUUGUCCGCUUUUUGUAACCAGCCAGUCAGCCAGACAAAAAAUAGCGAAUCGUUUUUCUUUAGACCACUGUCAGUAUCAAUAUUCCACCACUACCUACAUAUUACUUGUGAUAACCGCUACAAGUCACGUCGCGCGAUCGCAGGCACACAUACGCGUAAAUUUCAAAAUCAUUUAACUUUGUUAUGCAUAGCAACGCUUGGAAUGGAACACACACUAACAGACCAUCUUAAUCAUCAUCAUCGUUGUGAGGGAUCCCGGGUUCGGGAAACUUUCCCCGACAUAUAUAAGUGUAAGUGUAAGUUACAGAAAGCCAAGCACCUCAGAAGCGAUAAAAUUAUUGAGAAUAAAAAAAGGAAAACAGGAAGUGAAACAAGUCGAUCGAUGAUAGCAGAAGCGCGAGAUUUCCCAAGGGACUAAAACAUUAAACAAAUGCCUACUACAUUUACAAAACGAGAAAAAAACAGAAACUAACGGAAAAAAAUCCCAUCUCUACAAACUGUCACUAACUAGCAAUUCAGUGUAAUGUGUCCAUCUUUCAACUCAAAAUGCAACUAUGUCUUACAAAAACAAAAACAGAAAACGGAAAAGGAAGGAGCAUGGAAGAAAAAUCAAUAAUGUAUAACCCUAGAGAGAAGAGCAAGAAAGAAUGCACACAAUGCCAUCUUCUUGGAUUUGUUAGAUGUUUUAGUCAGAGCAAAACA